AAACAAAAUUGAACGUGCUUUAGCACGUGUAAAGUGAUACGGCCCUGGUGUCCAACACCCCUCCAUCGUGAAGGAAGCGACGACCGCCCGCUUAGUUUCGGGCAAGAAACGAUAGGUAGUGGGAUCCUCCCAAUCUUCGGGUGUGUGUGUAGUACAGAAAAAAGAAUCAAAAAAUAUUGAAAAUUAUAUAAUUCGAGAGAAUAUUAUUCAUUCGUUUCAUUCUUGCCCCCUUUCUUUCGCGAUAAGGCCCACGUUAAAGGGACUCACUGCCAACAUCAAGCGUGGACGUUUGUUUCGAAAGCGCACACCCCUGACCAUGGCGGACUGAAACGGUAAUAAUCUAUAAUAGCAAUAUAUUUUGACGUUUUAAACUGUCAAAACUAAAUAAAAGAUACAUUAAACGCGAACGUGUCUUGGGAAAGUCGUGAUAUAGGGAUUUUUCACCUACAUGUCGGAGCUUGCGUGGCAGUUUCAUGGAAAACGAGAGGGACAGUUUUGGCGCGUGUGCUCAUUAUCUCUGUGAAAAGUCUGUGCAACUCGUAAAUUAUUAAUUUUUCUCGUCUUAUUUUUAUGUCAACAUAUAACGACGCGGGUAACGAAAACGCACCACAUCGUGUAUUCAUUGUGGAACGUCUAACCCUAAGGAAUAUAAACAAACGAUAGCGUGAAUAUUUAGAAGAUCAUUAUUGUCUCGAUGGAUUCGAAAGAUAAGUAAAAACAGUGAAAUUUUGUAAAAAAACAUAGAAAAGGUGACACGGUCUAGGAACUUUUUUGGAUAUCUGUGAUAGCUGGCGGCGCGGUGGUUACGGAGAAAAGCGAAGUGACGGUUUUGGCGCGCGUACUCGACUCCUGUAUACGACCGGCAGAUGGCCGAUGCGCCGGUACGUUAUAGGCGCGCGUCCACGAACGCACCGACACAUGACAGGCGCCUAAGCACGUACUACCACCGUGACAGAGACGCGUUCAAGAACAUAUCGAAGCAGUAGUAGAAGGCCACUACCACAGUGACACUGUACGUUGAAGAGCGGAGUAAAGCGCACGAACACGCGGUCCGGUGUUACUACUACCGGCACAGGCGAGUCUAUCUGCCUCGUAGCCCGAGCCAGUUGCCAGCGCGCCAGCCAGCCCCGUCCAUCCAAUCGCCCAGCUCACGAGCCGGCCUCGUGUGCGCGCGCGACACCCCGACAGAAAAGGUUCGUUUUCCUCGCCGGUGGCUCGACCGAUCAUGUCGAGGCGGGGCUUAUCGUGAACUUUAGAGCCUGUACAUUCCUUGGAAGCUGAAAACACGGCAAGCACACAAACGGCUUCGGCCUUUUACACGCGAUUAUUUCGGGUCCCCAGUCUGCUGCUGCUACUGCUGCUGCUGCUGCUGCUGCUGCUGCUGCUGGCUGUCGUUCCUAUUGCCGAGAUCGGCCCUGCAGAAAAUGGAUACCGCACCAGUGUGAUAGAGAGACAGAGCGAAACAAAUAUAUAGAAAAACAAGCUUGAAAGAGAAAGAGAGAGUGGGAAAAAGAUAGAAAGAGAAAUAAAGGCCACGCAACUACUACGACUACGACGAGGACAACGACUACGGUUAUAAACUGAGAAAGCAGGACAGAGGGAGAGAAAACGAGCGAGGGCGAGAGAGUAGUAAAUCGUAUGUACGAAGUGUAUAUAUGAUAUAUCGAAGCGAAAAGCAAGAGAAACAUUCGUGCACGGGUUAGCCUCGGGAGACCGGGUUAAAAGACUCGUUGUCGUCCUCCGAGCACACGUUUUGUCUGUCUUGUCAUCGACAGACAUAAGUGAAAUUUGCAUCUAGAAAUAUCGACAACGCGACAACAACGAUUACGACCACGACGGCGACGUAUUUGCCAUCGAGGAGGCACGGAUAUGCCUCGCUCGUCGGUGCUGUGACACGCGCCGCGCCGUGUGCUGGCUGAACCUCCCGGAAGAGAGCGUGGGCCUCCGUCUCAAAAUACUGUGCGGUUUCUACCGCACGCUCGAGAGCCAAGUAAGUGGAAUAAACACGCGUAAAUCGUUUUUUAAUAUCCGUUUGUUUCGUCCGAAUGAAAAAUUUCUUUGCCUUGGGGAAUAGUAAUUGUUAUUUCGAAACACUACAUUCGAGUUCCCGUCCGAAAAGAACGUGUUUUACCGUGCGUGCUUUUUUCUAUCGUAAUCGUACGAAAGAUGUGCUUACUGGAGCGCAUAAACAGAAAGGAAAGAAUGGGAAAAAAAUGAAAUAAAAGAAAAAAAAUGAUCCGUUAUUUCGAGCUCAACCAAUUUGGUCGUCGAAAGUCGCUGGCAUCUUUUGCGAUCAAUCGCGAAAGCGUGCACUGAUUCUAGGUUCCCUCAUGACCGUGCCGGUAGCACGCCUAACUAGGGAUACUCUAGUCCCGGCUUGGCUCUUUAAACGGCUCUACGUAUUGCGUGCGAAUCGUGCGUUUCUAUGUGUGCGUAUCGGCAAGGAGUGGUGUGUGUGCGCGCGCUCGCAUAAUCGCGUUCCCUCAUUGUCUGCCUACUCGCGCUCACUCGCUCGCUCUCGUAUGCAUGGCCGCUUCGGUGCGUGGCGUACGGAUUAUAUCGCGCGUACGCAUUGCCGUGUUCAAUAAAAUCGGAAUUCGUUUGUUGUUUGGUCGUGGUCGAACGUUCUACGCGGUAUUAAAAAAUAAAAAUAAAAACAAAAAGAAAAAGACAACCUCUAAACCUUCGAUUUAUGUUAACAGCUGAUCGCGAACGAUUAUUCUGUAUAAGUGAUGUAAAACAGAUUCAUUGAUGCAAUAUAUAUAUAUUUUCCACUUUUCCACAAUGAUAAGAAAAAGAGAAUGAUUAUUCAUUGAUAGACCUUGCAACCUGUGCAGUUUCUACAAGCGGAAGAAUGAAAAAAGGGGGACAGUAAGGUUCGUCGUUAACAUCUGGGGCCUGAAGCCUCAUACACACGAGAUUCUUAUAAACUAUAAAAAUGCCUCGAGUAAGGAGACAAGUGGUCUUAGAAGAUCCUGCUAGGCCUGUCACACCAGAUAUGGUGGAGACUAAAUUACUAAAAGAAGAAUUUUUGGAUGAGGGCUCUUUGGAUGAAGUACAAGCACAAAAAGUAGCUGAAGAAACACCAAGUCCUCAUCUUCAAGACCACCAAUAUGGACAAACACCUUGUUAUCAAGUAACAAGGAAACCUACACAACCACCACCACGAACUGAACAAAUUUCAGUUCAAGCAGUGAAACGAAGACUGAAUUUGGAAAUGGGAACUACAGGCCCUAGCCAAUCUGCCUUUAAGGCUCCUAGAGGUAAACGUAGAAAAUCUGGAUCAAGUUCUCUAGCUGGCCAUACACCUACAAAAAGUAAAACAGUAGAGAGAACGCGGUACGAUACAUCACUGAGCUUACUUACAAAAAAGUUCAUACAUUUAGUUGAAAGCAGUCAAGAUGGUGUUGUAGAUUUAAAUGUAGCAUCUGAAAAGUUAGAAGUACAGAAACGUCGUAUUUACGAUAUUACGAAUGUAUUGGAAGGCAUAGGUAUUUUGGAAAAGAAAAGUAAAAACAAUAUACAAUGGAAAGGCGGUCAAUUACCAAAUGAAAGGAACGAUAUCGCUGAUCUCAGAAAGGAAGUGGCAGAUUUAGAAGCUAAAGAAAAUACUUUGGAUCGAUUAAUUCACGGUGCAGACAAAAAUCUUAGGGAGCUCUGUGCAGACAGACAAUACGCUUAUGUAACGUAUCAUGAUUUACGUUCUGUCCCAAUGUACAAAGACCAAGCUAUAAUGGCGGUGAAAGCUCCACCAGAAGCUACACUUCAUGUUCCACAACCUAUUAAUAAUCUUGGUCAACAAAAGCUUCAAAUGCAUAUGAGGUCAUCUCAUGGUGAAAUAGAGGUAUUUCUUUGUCCUGAUGAUCCUGCAGUUAAAACGUCUCCCACUCCGGGUUACACGACGACGCAACCUGUGCCUUCGUCAAAAGAAUCCGAAAUACCUUGUCUCCCUCCUGAACUGCUGGCCAAUGGAGGAAGCGGGGUUCGGGUUGAACCAGUACCUUCUAUCGAAAGUUCGUUGAGUACUCGUUUGUGUACUCCGGUUAUAUCUACAGUUACCAGUUUAGCAGGCAUGAGGGACGCGCUUUUGUGUGAAUCCGAUGAUUAUGGACCAAUGGGUGGUGGCAAAUUCCAACUCCAAACGGAGGAUCAAAUUAGCACUCCAGAUCUAAGUAUUCUCGAUUUCGGUGAGCAUCUACUGUCCCUGGAACCGCCUCUUUCUGAAAACGACUAUUCGUUCUCGUUAGGCACAGAGGAAGGGCUUUCGGAUCUCUUUGAUUUCAAAUUCUAAAGGAUAUCGUCCUAAUUGUCGUCAUCGUGAUACGCAACACUACAUUCACAUGCAUACCUGUCUUUUUUUUUUUUUUUUUUUUUUUGGAGCAUACCACUCUGAGUUCGCCUCCUUAACAUUCGAAUGGAUAGCGAUCACUCGGUUAAUCCAAUAUUAAUACGCUUUUCUAUUUCGUACCGAUUAGCAAUUUUUUUAACAAUUAAGGGAACGAUCGAGCAGAGAAAUGUUAGAUUGUUCGAUUAGAAAUAGUUAGAAACAGGGAAAAUUUGAUGAUUACUUUUAAAAAAAAAAAAGCGAGAUCAAAUCCAUGGCACAAUGGAGAAUCGACACGCCGCUGAAUGCUUUUUUUUUUUUUUUUUUCUUUUUAAAUAAAAUAUAAUUUCGCGCUUCUCAAUUUUUACGGAGAAAAAGGAAGAAUGAAUGAAAUACGGAAUGAGCGGAAAUACGUUGGAAAAAUGUAUACUAGAUAUUAAUUGUUGUGUUAUUAAUCGUGUAAUAUUUUGUCAAAUAUGCGUCUCGAAAUUGAGUUUGUUCUCUUUUAUGAAAACAAACAUUUUCAUUCAAAAAAAAAAAUCAACUGCAACUACAACGUAUCACGAUUCGCUUUGGGAAAUUCGGUUUCUGCAUGAAAGAAAGAAA